AUGGAUUUCAAAUCGAGGCCAAUGAUUGUCUUUAAUUUGAAACACAAGGAGGAAAAGAAGAAGUUUCAUGAAACAAUCAAAAAGAUGCACGAAAGAAAAAAUAAGGAAGUGGAUCACUUCAAAAGACAACAGCUGAAAGAAGACAUCGAUAACAAAAUCGUCAACUGGAAUCAAAAUUUAUAUCCCAAAUCUUGGAAAUACUUCGACCCGCAUUUUAUGAGUGAAGAAGGGUUAGCAAUGUAUGCUGAAGUCGUUUAUAACACGAUGGGAGUGGGGAGUUUUACUUUCAACACCGGUUGUGGAAAUCACUCCCCAAACGGAGUAUCCGCCAAUCAGAUGCGACUCUUGAAGAUGUUCAAAGGGAGGCCCGGAUGUACCGUCCGAAUCGACAAGUAUAACAUAGGACUAGUCAUUCUGGAACGAAGGUAUUAG